AUGGACCACCACAUCGCUGGCUUCCAGAUGCCGGCCAUGGCUCAGCCACCACCGCCGCCGCUCAUGAACCAGCCACCUCAGAUUUUCGGUCCAGAAAGCUACCAUAGCAUGCCAAUGCAGCACCUGCCCCCAGAGCUCACGGCCCAGAUGUUUGGCGACCCAAAUGCCCUGCUCGACGAUGCCAACGAGGCCAAGAGGAGGAGGAUUGCACGGGCUUGCGACAUGUGCAGAAAGAAGAAGAUCAAGUGUGACGGGAAGAUGCCAGCAUGCACGCAUUGUAUCAAUUACAAGACGGAAUGCGUCUUCACGCAGGUCGAGAAGAAGAGAAAUCCGCCCAAGGGCGCAAAAUACAUCGAAGGUCUCGAGAACCGCCUUGUUCGCAUGGAGAGCCUCUUGCGACUCUCAGGUAUGGCUUCCUCUUUUCUCCUCUCUCUCUCUCGCCUACUUGGUGAGGACGAUGGUGCAACCGACUUGGGCACGUUGGAAAAGAAGCUCGCCGAGAAGAAGCAGGAGUCAAGGCAAGCCUCACAGGCUGCCCAGUCAAACCCCACCUCCCCGUCGCAGGCUGCCUCGGGUCAUGAAGGCGGUGCAUCGACGCCCCAGAGCUCCAUCACCUCCCCUGAGCCUCUCAAGGAAGAGAAGCGCGCAUCCGUGGACCUUCAGAAGAAAGAGGAGGAUGAAGAAGAGGUAGAAGCCCUGUCCGAGAUGAUGUGCUCACUUGUCACCAACACUUCCGGCGAGACUCGAUAUAUAGGCUCUUCGUCGGGCUUCUCCAUCUUCUCGCCCAAAGGUAUCCAGUGGGUGAACGAAAAGACGGGCGACAAAUCUUUUCAGCAGAUGAUCUCUCAUGUCUCCAUGGAUGACCACAAGUGGAACAACUGGAAGCCAGAGGUGUUUGCUGAUCUGUUCCAGCGACCCGUCUUCCUUCCGCUCCCUCCGAAGCACGAGGCCAUGUCGCUUCUCAACGAUUAUUUCGAUAAUUUCAACUGCAUGUUCCCGCUGUUUCACCGCCCCACUUUCAUGCACCUGGUGGAGAGGCAGUACUCAAAGGAUCCCUAUGCUGGCUCUGGAUGGUGGGCUAGCUUGAACGUUGCGUUCGCGAUCGCGCACCGGCUACGGGUAAUGAGCAACUUGGUACCGGCAGAGGAGGACGAGAAGGCCUGGGGCUAUAUGAAGAACGCCAUGGCCGUCUUUUCCGAGUUGUCCAUGCGCAAUACUGACCUGCUGAGCGUCCAAGCUCUGUUGGGGAUGGCACUGUUCAUGCAGGGCACACCCAAUCCACAGCCGUCAACAUUACUUGUCGGCACUGCUAUCCGUCUCUCACACAACAUCGGACUGCACAAGCGGGGGACGGGCUUCAAUCUCAACCCGAUUGAGAUUGAGCAGAGGAAAAGGGUCUUCUGGAUUGGCUACAUGUUGGACAAGGACCUCUGCCUUCGAUCGGGUCGACCAUUCGCACAAGAUGACGACGAUAUGAACGUCGACCUUCCGGAUCCUGAUCCCGAAGACAACAUCGGCAACAUUCCUCUGGCCGAUGGCAAGGGGAAGAUGAAUCUGUUCCGCGUCAUGUGCGAGUUGGCCCUGAUCGAGAGUAAAGUCUACAAAAAGUUGUACGCGACGAAAGCCACCAAGCAGACAGACGGAGAACUUCUGCAGACCAUCGGCGAACUGGAUCAAGAGCUUGAGGAUUGGAAGGACCGGAUGCCUAUCGAGUACCGGCCCGAGAACGAGAUACAAGCAUCCCAUACGCCCUUGAUCUUGCACGUUGUCAUGCUGCAUUUCACAUACUACAACUGCCUGACGACGAUACACCGGAUGUCUAUCCACCGCGGAUACUGGACCAGCCGGCUGUCUAACUUUGCCAUCCAGGGGCUGAACGCAAAGCCUCUAAACCCUAGAGUCUUCAACUCAGCGGCCCUGUGUACCUCCGCCGCCAGGGCAACCAUAUCGUUGCUCAAGUAUAUACCCGAAGGCGACUCGUCAGUUGUCUGGAUGGUGCUCUAUUUCCCUGUCUCUGCGCUUGUGACCUUGUUUGGUAACAUAUUACAAAAUCCCCUCGAUCCCCGAGCGCGGUCCGAUACCAGAUUGCUAGGCAUGGUAGUCACCUUUUUGUCCGCAUUAGGACAGGAAGUCGAGACCGGAGGUGUGCACCGAAUGCUCGGAAUCUGCUCAGAGUUUGAGCGCAUCAGCAAGGUCAUGAUCGAGAAGGCAGAGAAGGACAACGCUGGUCGUCGGAAGCGGAAGAAUGCAGAACAAUCACAGGCCAGCAAGUCAAGCAGCUCGAACGCGCGGCCGACGGCUACAGCUGGCAGGUCUCCUGUUCCGUCCACAUCUUCGCAAACACCCCGUCCGAUGGCGGUGAACACAACAACGCCUCGCCAGAAUCUGGAACACUUAUCUCCUCCAAAUCGCGGCGAAGGAGCGGACUUCAGCCCGCUAACCGCCAACAGCCUCAGCCCCUCGCCAGGCAGCGCUCCUCCUGGAUGGAGCACCGACUUCGGCGCUGGCGAGCCGAUGGAAUUCACAUCAUUCGCAGAUUUGACUGGAUUCGGACAGCUUGACAACCUACCACCACAGCCGCUGCAGUCUCCGCCAGCUCCAAACCAGGGCUUCCAACAACCGCUCAUACCGCAGGACUUAUACUCGUUGCCUAUGAGUUUCGACUGGGACUGGGCGGAGAUGAGUGGCGGCGCGUACCCGAGUGUUGAAAAUGGUAAUUUUGAUGGAAGCAGGUGA